AAAAUUGUGUUUAAAAACAAAAUUUUUUUAUUAUAAAUUGCUAUAUUGGGAAGAAAAAAAUUUUUAGGUAACUCAAGAUUCGCAACAGUAAAUUAGACGACGAAAUAACGACACCUGCAAAAGAACUAAACAGCGUUAACAGAAAAUAUAAGAUAAAUACGAAUGCAGAGAAUGAACACAAAUUUAAUCAAAUUAAGACAAUAGAGGCAAAGAAGAGAUUUUUCACUGCAUGAGAUAGUUUUAUUUAAAGAAAAACUGAGAAAAGAAAAUUAAAUAAUCCGAAAUUAGUGGUCGACUUGUAAAGAAAAAAAAAAAGCUGAAUAUCGCCUAAAAGUUCAGUGAUUUCUUUUGUAAAUAGUAGAAUGUCGAUGGAUUCUCCUAUAUCAACGGCACCAGAAUUGCCAAUGGGUUCGCAAAACAUAGCAGAAGGGGACGCUUGGAAUGUCACGUUUGGCGCGAUUGAUAACGAUAAUACAGAUAGUGAUAGCAGUUAUGUUGUUGUCGGUCGUACGCCCGCAACUUCAUCAACUGCCUAUUCAUUUCCUGGCAAUGCUCUGGGCAGCGAAUCUAUUUCUAAUUUAAAUGAUAAAAAAGAUACAGCAGCUGUAACCAAUAAUGCAGACAAUACUAAAACAGCGGCCGGUGACAAUAAAAGAGAGGAAGACAAGAACGAUGAUUCAAUGUUUGAGUGUAAUAUUUGUCUAGAUACUGCCAAAGAUGCUGUGGUUAGUAUGUGUGGUCAUUUGUUUUGUUGGCCAUGUUUGCAUCAAUGGUUAGAAACCAGACCAAAUCGCAAAUUAUGCCCCGUUUGCAAGGCCGCUAUAGGUAAAGACAAGGUUAUACCCUUAUAUGGGCGCAAUAGUACCAAGCAAGAAGACCCUAGAAACAAAGUGCCACCACGUCCAGCUGGUCAACGCACUGAACCAGAACCACAACAAGGUUUCCAAGGAUUCACGUUUGGCGAUGGUUUUCAUAUGUCUUUCGGUAUAGGCGCCUUUCCUUUUGGAUAUUUUGCAUCAUCUCUUAAUUUUGGUGAACCUCGUCCAGCACCAGCUAAUCGUGGUACCACUCAAUACGAAGAUGAGCAACAACUGUCAAAGCUGUUUUUGUAUUUAGCUUUUCUUUGUAUCGCUUGGUUAUUGUUUGCAUAGCUCGACUAUUAAUUAUUUUAAAUUCAAGAAAUUUAAUUGGGAUUAU